UUUUGGGGAGGCAUGCAAUCACAUUUCGGCACUGCUUUAUGCAAUUGCAGACAUAGAUGAAAAGAAGAAAAGCGGUCUUCUCUCAUGCACGUCAAAUAAAUGUCUCUGGAACAAUCCAAGAAAAAGAAAAUUAAGUCCAAAAAAAUGCUGUGAAAUAAAGUUCAAAAAAAGUUCAUUUGGUUGCACUCCAAGGAUUGAAACUAAUACAUCUACCAGUACUGAGACAACAAUCCAAGUACUAUCGUCGCCAACUUUCAACGUACAGAGAUUUCGAAAAACUCUCGUUGAUAAUAAUUCAAAAGCUGGUUGGCUUACAUACUUUGCUAGCAGACCUAAGGAGGACAAUAUACCGUCAUUACACAAUAUUUUAUAUAUGUACCAUGACAAUGUUGAUGUUAAUGAUACCAAAGUACAAAAUGAAUUGCGCCAAUAUUUCAAAUCUCUGUCUGUCUCAUAUGCUGAUUGUGUAAAGAUAGAGGAACUUACAAGAGGUCAAAAUAAAAGUCAGAACUGGUUUGAUUGCAGGAAAGGGAGGCUGACAAGUUCCAACUUUGGAACAAUCUGUAAGAUGAAACUGGGAACAGAUCCUAAAAAUCUUUUAAAAUGCUUGUUGUAUGACGUUUCUUUUCCCUCAAACAAAUUUACUAAGUGGGGAAUUGAACAUGAGCCUGCUGCAAGGAGAUUUUAUUGCAGACGAUAUCCGUCUUAUAUGGUGUCUCAGUCAGGUCUUAUUAUCAGUCCGAAAUAUCCUCAUCUAGGCUCUAGUCCAGAUGGUAUUGUUACUUUACCAAGCGGUGAGAGUGGACUUUUAGAAAUUAAAUGUCCAGCAUCAGACAAAUGGCGAACCCAUUCUCCUGUUGAGUGUGCACUUGAUCAUGAGUUUUGUUGUACACUUGAUGAAAAUCAAAAUUUAAAAUUGAAAACAAAUCAUAAUUAUUACUUUCAGGUACAAGGCCAAAUGGCAAUAUGUAACAAACCAUGGUGCGAUUUUGUUAUUUGGACUCUGAAACCACCUUUCUCUGUUGAAAGAAUAUAUUUUGACCAAUCAUUCUGGUUGAAAUGUUUAGAUAAACUGAAUGAUUUUUAUAUAAAAAAUAUGCUCCCAGAACUUUUCACACAAAGAUUGUUAAGAUCACUCAAGUAA